AUGGGGAACUCCGACGAGCUCAUGAUCUUGUCACCUCUCGUAAGAAGGAAGGAUGUUGAAAGGAGGGCGUGGCUUGUUGUUCAAGCGAUUGGAAAGUCACAUAUUGAAGAGGUUGGGAAGCAAUCGAUUAUGCGCAGAACAGGAAUUCCAGCGCGAGAUCUUAGAGUUCUCGAUCCUAAGCUUUCGUACCCAUCCACUAUACUUGGAAGGGAGCGCGCCAUUGUUCUGAAUUUGGAAAAUCUUAAAGCAAUCGUCACAGCAACUGAGAUGCUCAUUCUGAAUCCAAAUGAUCCUGGUGUUGCGCCUUUUGUCAGUGACCUUGAGCACAAACUCUCUAGUUCUGAUGGCUCCCAACCUAUUGCAAUUCAAGAAAGUGACGAGGAUAGAAAGGACUCACCCUCUGGUUUGCUUCCUGAACCAAGUGAUGACAGACCCACAAAUCAAACAAACACAUCGAAAAUGGGUGGUUCAAAGGUCCUACCUUUCGAGUUCAGAGUGCUUGAAAUAUGUUUGAAACUUGUUUGCAAGGGCCUUGAAUCCGAGACAUCCACAUUGGAGCAAGAAGUAUAUUCAGCUUUAGAUAAAUUAUCCAUUAGUAUCAGCAUCCUUAAUCUCCAACGUGUCAGACUUAUAAAGAGUCGUCUGGUAGCUUUGUUUGGCCGUGUCCAAAAGAUUCGAGAUGAACUUGAACAUUUGUUGAAUGAUGAUAUGGACAUGGCUGAAAUGUACCUAACUGACAAGAUUGUUAAUCAGCAACUUGAACAACUGGAACCAGAUGACGAAACUGAGAAUGAUGCAGAUAUAACAGAUUAUGACAAUGACGGAGACACGUGGAACAACAAAAGCAGAUCGGCCAUUCUGACAACUCAAAAGCCAAGGAUCGAAGAGUUGGAGAUGUUAUUGGAAGCAUAUUUUAUCCAAACUGAGGGAACAUUAAGUAGAUUAUCAACU